GCUGAGGUGAACCUUGGUAAAGUGUGUCGCAUAGAACAGAGUGUGGUUGGUUUUCCUGACACAGAUGUGAUACGGGUGCUUGCAGCAUUUCAGCCUGCCCUGUCUGCAAGUGGCUCUCGACAGUUUACUGCUGAUGUGAAAUACAAUGGAGUUAAGCAGAAUAUCAAUGCGCAAUCAGCUGCAGUUUAUCCAGGUUCUGGAGGAUUAACUGCUGGUGUGCAAUACAAUGGAGUUAAUCUAGGUUCUGGAGGAGUUAAUGUUAUUGAAGCUGCCUCAGUUAUACGUGCAGAGUUUGAUACAAAUGAAACCAGAAUUAAAGAAAAUGCAACAGCUUUUUUGUUCACAAAUAUCAAUUCCCCAGAGGGCCUCAAUUCCUGUUAAAAUAAAAUUGUCUGCCUUCCCUUCUGAGACAAGGCCCAGUCUUACCUUGAGUAAUCUAACGUUGACGUCAGUUGGAAGGAAUAUGCUUUGUGCAGGAGCCUUGAUAAGAGAAGUCUUGACUACAGUGUCGUACAACUCUUCUCUUGGUGAUCCUGCUGAGCCUGACACUGUGGAAGUUGACUUCGGAGUGCUGACAAAUACAGGAUUUACAAAACUGACCAAUAAUGACGUGCCAGAGGAUAACUAUUUGAAUUUCUCUAUCGAUGCAACAUUAACAGAUGCACCAUGGAACGACAAUGAUGCGUAUGUUGGCGUGCUCUUACAGGUAACCAGUGGGGCUUAUAAAACCGUCAGACAAGGCAGUGCUACAAUGCAGGUGUUACACGACGCUACAGAUUUGCCGGUCAUGAACUUAUCCUUGACAGUCGAAUAUCCAGCAAAGGUAUAUACCAGAAUGGAUGAAGUCCGACUGAUCUUCAGUAUUGGGCACCUGCAGGAGUCGAUGGCUGAACCAUUCGAGGUAGAGUUGUUGAUGUAUCUUCCUUAUGGAAAUUACCUGAACUUCACUAGAUAUGAUGCUGUGGGAAUCCAACCUGGUCAAGUUUAUUUCCCUCCAGAUACAACUCGUCUUAUUACUAAGUUUGGUCCAAUUCGGUUCUUUGAUACGUCUGUGGUGUCAUAUUAUUUCAAGGUAAACCCAGAUAACAACAGGCAUUUUGGUUUGCGCACGUACGACUUGACAAUCCCAUACGUCAUUACGACCAAACUUGCUCAGCGCUUCAACGUCGAGGGAUAUGAGCGUUUCCCAGACAACGAUGUUGGUCGAUUACCUCCAGUGAUCAAUCAUAUUAGAGUCACCAUUGAUAGUCCAAUGUGCGCUGAUGACAUACUUCUCAGUAACUCAACUAUAUUCCCUGAUUGUCUGUUCUCUGCCUCAUCUGUCUUGAACAGCAGUUUUCCACCUUAUUUUGCUAGGGUUACAAGUAUGACUCCGUGGGUUCCUAGAUAUUCUGGCAACAGGGAGUACUUAGGGGUGGACCUUGUUAACCUUUAUGUAAUUACAAAGAUCUUAAGUAAAAGCCCUGUGGAUUUUCUCAGAGUGAAGGAACUGAACAUAGCAGCUUCGACUGAUGGUUCAGAUUGGGAGGAUUAUGUCAGUGUGACGUUGCCUAAUGUGACUGGGCUGACAGAAGUUGUGUUCAACAAGACUCUCACUGGUAGAUACUUCAGGAUCUACAUUGUUUCAUCCUAUGGAAGUGGCAAACCUGUAGGCCUCCGUUUUGACUUCAGGGGUUGUGCAUUAUCAAUUGUCAAAGAUUCAUCAUCUGCUUGUGUGAAUGUAACACUCCCAGUGACACCAGAUGCAGACACCAAUGGACGACACUUGGCUGUGGACACAACGUUGAAUGUUGGUGCUUUCUGUGAAAACUCUAUUAAAUUGAAUGGGAAUAAAUGUUACAUCUCCAGGAACGCUGGAAUUGUGUGGGAUGCUCUUCCUUAUUACAUAGAAAUUCUUCAUGGCUAUAAUCCCAUAAACCAGAAACUUUAUGCAAGUAAUUAUCAAAGAAAUAGUUAUUACUUUAGCACUGAUGGUGGAAUUCACUGGACUCCAGUACUAGAGGGUGAGAAAAAUGCCUCAGAAAUAAGUGCUCUCUGGAAAGCCUCAAAAGCCGUUCCAUACAAACCUGACGCUAUGCAGCAAAGCUUGGGCAACUGGGCAGCUGACUCAACAGGGAUUCUGCUUGGGGGUGGGCGUGUCGCCUCUUGGGGCUCUUGCUGUUACCACACACUUCAGUGACGAUUCUUCUUUCCCUCACAUCUCGUCAUGUAGUUUUUAGCAUUCUCAGUGUUUUAUGUGAUUCAUCUCUUAUUGUUUCUUAGUAAUUCUUUUUUUCAAAGUCUCAUUCUUGAGCAUCAUUCAAAUUAAUCUCCGUUCAUGCCUUUAUUUUGCUUCAUAAAUUUUGUGAAUAUUAAUUUAUGUUUGAGUAUUCUGUUUGAAAUAUUUCAUAAUACUGCUGCUGCACUGAACCCUUUAAUUUUGACCAAUACAUAAUUCGUACCAUCUCCUUGCCUCCCUUACCAUUAACCAGUUCCCUUCUUUUCCUAUAUCCAUGCAAGUGGACCUAGAUAUUCAACUGGGGAUGUUUAAUUCUUAACCAUGUCCCAUCAAAUAACCUAAUGGAGAAGUUUCUUGAAAGGACAAUUUUUUGUUCUAAGUUUGUGUCUUGGAAUGUCAAUAGAUUUUUUACAUUGCUAUAAAGUAAUGUAAAAAAAAUAUAGUAAACUAAAAUGAUAAAUUUAUUUCUAAACACUCAAAUAGUAGCUUAUUAUUCCCUUGUCCCUCACAUUCAUUAUUGGAAAAAAUGCAUAAAUGACCACCAUUCAAGCCUGUUUGAUAUUAAAUUCUGUGUUUGUGAGAAUGUUUUUUUGUUCUGGAAUGUUUUGAAUGCCUGGUAUAAUAGGGAUUCAUAUUAGAGUAAGACUUGAUUUAUGUUUAGGAGGAGGUAUAAGCAGGUCAGGUGAGAGCCAGCACCCUGCCUUACUUUAGUGUUUAUUUUUCUACCCAAAACCCCUUUCCUAGGAAAAAGAAACAAAAAAUGCCUUUAACUUCGAACACCUGUUUUCAAUGUUUCUAUAAAUUUACUUAACAGUAUAUCUUUUAGUAAUAUUGCUUCAAUUUUAAGGCAUAAUAAGAUAUACAGUAUGAUGACUG